AAAAUCUUAGGCGACUUAUUUUCUUGAAAAAUACUAGAAAACGAUAGUUAUAUAAUGGAUAAUUACGAAAAUAUGUUUGAUACUAUAUGUAGACUGUGUUUAAGCCAAACCAGUGACGGUAAAAUGGUGUCUUUAAUUGAUAAUUCAAGUGAAGACGGACUAAGUAGUUUUGGCAAGUCUAUCUCAAUAGUGACCAAUGUUUUGCUGCAAAAAGAUGAUAAACUACCAACUAUGAUGUGCCAAAAGUGUGCUUAUUUACUAAAACAAACUAUUUAUUUCAAAUUGAAGUGUGAAUCGACAGAUAAACAGUUGAAACAACUCGUCAAGAAGAACGUAAACAAUGAAUGUUCAGGUGCAAAUUACAAAGAAAUUGUGUGCGAAUAUGUGAUGUUUAAUCAAUAUUUCCCAUCAACACUUAGUUCUAAACGUACCAAACAGAAUAGUAAGCCUAAACGAAAAGUAAAAACCAAUAAUUUAAUACACAAAAAUUCUCAACAAAGUUCCAUUGAAAAAGUCCAAUUGGACAACGAUUUUACUGACAAUAUCUACGAUUUUGACGAUUUUAUUGACAAUCAAGAUAAUAGAAACAAUUUUGGUGACCAAGAAGAUGAAUAUUCACAAGAAAUAAACAAUAUUUUGAAUUCAAUAGACACUUUAAUAAAAUCGGAUACUGCCAUGCCUACUACUCAGCGAACAAAACGACAAUUAAAAAGAGAACAAAGAUACAAAUCAGUGCAAAAAAUGGAGCGUAACUUAAUAUGUAAAUUAUGUCAUAAAGUCCUUGCAAAUCGAAUAACAUACGACCAUCACAUGCAAAGACAUAACAAUUGCCGAUUAAUUUGUGACCAAUGUGGGAAAGGAUUUCCCAUUCUCACGGAGUUGCAUAUGCAUCAAGUAGCCCGUCAUGGAGUUGGCCCAUACCUAGAAUGCGACCACUGUCAGUACAAAGCUCCGAGGAAAUUAGACCUAAUAGAACAUUUAAGAAUACAUACUGGAGAACGACCAUUUACAUGUGAGACAUGCGGAUUAACGUUCCGUCGGAAAGCUAUAUGGAGAAAUCAUUUAAUUUGUCAUAUGGAAAAGCAAGUUCAAUGCCCGUACUGUCCGAGGAAGUUCUAUCGUCAAGCAUCAAUGUUAGCGCACUGUAAUAACGUACAUGAACGAAUGUACAUGUAUAUGUGUAGUGUUUGCGGUGUGACUUAUACGAAAACGGAGACAGUGAAACGUCAUAUGCUUGUGAAACACGGUAUUCCAAGAGAAAAGCAAGGUAAAAUAACAAGGAUUAUGAAUGUUACGAAUUUUACCCAGGUUCCUGGUAAAGAUGUUUAACCCGUAAUAUGCCGAGAUACAGAUCGACACGGGACACAAUGUGUUUCCAAUUCUUUCUCAUAUACAUAGUUACCGGCAAUCAAGAGGUUAAAUGAUACUCAGAGUAGUACUCAGAUAGAUAGUAAGUUACAUCAAUACGUUUUGUUGAUGCAAACAAAACUUUAUGAUGUUGAAUUAAGAUUCAAUUUUGAUUUACACAAAU